AGUUUGUGUGCUUUAUCCAGAGAGGAAUUAAGACAAAUGGAAGGAAAAGCAAUCUUCAAAACCCUAAUUUCACUGUUAAGAAAGCUUCUUUAUUUCUCUUCAUUUCCCCAAUAUUUUUAUCCACUCUCUUUAUAGAUUCUGAAUUAGACAAUAAACAGAUAACAGAACCCUUCACUUCGUUUGCCUUUUUGGGUGCAUUUUGUUUCAUGUUCUCAAGAUUUUGAAGAGCCCAUGAAUUAUUGUUGGCAGGUCCCCUUGAGUAAAUGAUUGGGUGCUUAAGGUGGAACCAAUGGCAUUGGCAACUCACCAUGUGCCGGGCUCUUAUGCAACAUUUCCCACUAGAUCUCAUUCAUGGACCAAAGGGAUAAAAUUGAAGCAAUAUGUAAAAACACGUCACAUAGUUGGGAAACCUGAUAUAAGUUUCUCAUUGAAGCGUAAUCUUCAUUUAAGUGUAGGGACUCCUUGUGUUCGAGUUCCAAAACGAAGACCUUUGAAAAUUUGUGCCUUUAAAGGUAGUGCACAAAAUGAUGAAUCAGGAGGGAGAGCAAGUGGAUCAAAGUCCCCCAAGAAUUCCGUGAGACUUUCAUAUGCUCCACAAGGGAAUGAAGAGACAAUAACUGAAUCUCCAAAGUCACAGAAUGUUCCUCUUCCCUAUUCUUCUGAAGCAAAUGGGACAAUUGGUGGGUCUCUGGCCAUACAGAACUUGUUCAAGAAAUGGUUGACAAUGUUACGCACACAAUCGCCCAGUCAAGAAGUAGAUGAGAUUUUAGGUGAAGGACCAGCUGUGAAAGAAAUAUUAGAAACUCAGAAUGAGAUUCAGAAUAAGGACAGAGGUGAGAUUCUAAAGGCUGUUUGGUUCUACUUUCUGGGUAUGGACGCAGUGAUAAAGAUACCCUUGCUGAUAUUCAUACCUUUGUACCUGGCUGUUAAUGUGGCUUAUGGACCUGAAGUUUCGAAGGAGUUGGCUCCUUUGUGGGUUCUUGGACCCCUGAUUGUUGCUCUUUACAUCAAGAUGCUCCGAGGGAUAUGUGCACUGUAUGUCUUUAGCUUCAAGCAGACAGUUAAAUUAGUCAAGAACAUACCCACUUACUAUCUUCUGGCCUAUACUUAUAUUGCUCACGGCAAGCUUAAAGAAGACAUACAAGCUCGUUUUUGGCAACCUGUUGUCGACAUCAAGAACUUGGACUACAGAGAGCUAUCAAGAAGAAAGUUGAAAGAUUUGCAAGAAUGGUUAUUGGAGAGGUACCUAGACUUUGUGGAGUCGAUAUGGCCCUAUUAUUGCAGAACAAUCAGGUUUUUGAAGAGGGCUAAUCUCAUCUAGAUUUGAGUGAUGACAAGCUGAAAAAGCUGUUGGCGAGGCUAGAGGGUGGGCUGAAGUUAGAGUUUCUUCUGCAAGUGUUUGGAACGGUAGAGAUUUUUGAAACAGUGCUUGCAAAAACCCCAUUUUGGACUUGGGGUUCUUGGUCCCUUGAGCACAAGUCAGGGAUUAUAACAAGCAGUCACUCCAAUCCUGUAAUUUUUAAAAAAGCAAUGAUUUUAUUCUUGCACAAGUUCCUUAUUAUUUGUUACUCUGUAUCCAGUUGCUUCUUACAUUUGAGGUUCCAUAAUGAGGUGGAAGUGGUUUCAACUGCAUCAGUUAGGCAUUACCCAUGGGCAUUGGGUCUUCUCUGUUGUCUUGUUUGUUUGUUACCUUAUCACGUUAUAGUAGGUAUUCUUCGAUGAUUCAUAGUCAUAAA